UACGGAAUAGCGGCACACACAGAUACACCAGAGACUAACCAGGAAUGGGAAAGGAUCAUUAAAGAGAACGCAUUGAUCUGAAAUUUGUCAGACUGGGGGGGCAAGGAGAAUACCGUUCACGCCAUUACCAUUCGCAAUUCAACACUACCAUUUGCCAUGACAACAUCUGAGGGGAUGCUGCGUCUGCACACCGACACAUUUUCAGCAGAGGGUUCCUAGGAACCUCCAUGCGCAAGAACCAUAGGGUAUUCCAUCCUUUUAUUAUCGUCAUUCAGCUGCUUAAUUGAUCCAUUCUUGUAGAAUACACUGGACUAUGGAUACGGAUAUCAGCUUUGGAUUUAUCUCGCUGUUGUGAUAGAAAUAAAUUGCGGCAUAAGACUCGCGCAAGGUAUAGAAUCAAAUAGUAAGGGGCGAUCUAAGAGGCGUUCAGAGACAGACUUUAGAGUCUGAAAAGAAUGAAGAUGUAUGUUCAUGAAGCAAUAUCUGAGCGUAAUGUUUCAAUCGGACGGGGUUCCUGUUUACCAAACCAUUGUUACAUUGUACGCUUGAGUUUUGAAUGAGACAUUUGGAAACUGUAUCGACACGGAUGAAAGCUCACGAACAAGCUCGAAGAGCAGAAUACAUCUCAAACAUAUCCUCAAUGCGAAAUGAUACGACUAAUUGGCUUCAGGACACCAACAUCUUUAAUGGCAUUUAUGACAAGAAGGUGGAAAGUUUUAUUGGUCCUGAAUGUGUUAGCAGUUGGUGGAUUCAUUACUUUUUGGGGCAAGUGUAAUAUACGUACACCAAAAGGGAUUGGUCUGGAUGCUUUGGCUGAUGUGAGAAGACACACGCGUUUGAACAUCACUGGGCAAGACGCAAGCAUCACUCAUGAAAUUCUGUUAAGAAGACUAGGAUCCCUAGAAGACGUGGUGUACAGGCAGCUGAACGGCUUGUCCAAAUCACUGGGACUCAUUGAAGGCUUUGGAGGUCGUGGUAGAGGAGGUCUGCCAGCAACCUUAACUCCAGCUGAAGAGAAAGAGGCCAAAUACCUUAAGGAGAAAUAUGGCUACAAUGCAUAUCUCAGUGACAAGAUAUCACUGGACAGAUCCAUCCCAGACUAUCGACCGAGCAAGUGCAGAAAGGUGUACUACCCAAGAGACCUUCCCCAGAUCUCCCUCAUCUUCAUCUUUGUGAACGAGGCGCUCUCUGUCAUCCUGCGCUCUGUCCACUCAGCUGUCAAUCACACACCGGCCCACCUCCUCAAAGAGAUUAUCCUGGUGGACGACAACAGUGAUGAAGAGCAAUUGAAAGGGCCGCUGGAGGAGUAUGUCAACAAGCGCUACCCGGGACUCGUCAAAAUCGUGCGCAAUCAGAAGAGAGAGGGGCUCAUCCGCGCCCGCAUCGAGGGCUGGAAAGUGGCCACCGGGGAGGUGACGGGCUUCUUUGAUGCCCACGUCGAGUUCACUCCCUCUUGGGCUGAACCGGUUCUGGCUAGAAUCAAGGAGGAUCGCAAGAGGAUCAUCCUGCCCUCCAUAGACAACAUCAAGUAUGAGACCUUUGAGUUGGAGCGCUAUGAGAACUCUGGCCACGGGUACAACUGGGAGCUGUGGUGCAUGUACAUCAGUCCUCCGAAGCAGUGGUGGGACGAGGGGGACACCUCAGCACCAAUCAGGACUCCUGCAAUGAUCGGAUGCUCGUUCGUUGUGAACCGCGACUACUUUGGAGAGCUGGGUUUGCUGGACUCUGGAAUGGAUGUCUACGGAGGAGAGAAUAUUGAGCUCGGAAUCAGGGUUUGGCUGUGUGGAGGUAGCAUGGAGGUGCUGCCUUGCUCAAGGGUGGCCCACAUUGCCAGAACCAAAAAGCCGUACCACAGCAAUAUCGCCUUCCACACCCGCCGCAACGCACUGCGGGUCGCAGAAGUCUGGAUGGACGAGUACAAAUCUAACGUCUACUUGGCCUGGAACCUCCCCAUGGAGAGCCAUGGGAUUGAUUACGGUGACAUAUCCCAGAGAGUGGCCAUUAGGAAAAGUCUUCAGUGCAAAAACUUUGAGUGGUACCUGGACAACAUCUACCCAGAGAUGAGGAGGUACAAUAGCACUCUGUUUUAUGGAGAGAUACGCAACAACAACGUGACAAAUCUUUGCGUGGACCAAGGUGAAAAGGAGAACCACACAGCAACACUGCACCCAUGUCAUGGGUGGGGUCCUCAGCUGGGUCGCUACACUAAGGAGGGCUAUUUGUUCCUGGGUCCACUGGGGAGCACUGGAGAGGACACACGCUGCGUCGUGGAUGACCGCGUCAGCAACUCUCCGCAGCUCCUCAACUGUGAGAAAAUCUCCAACGUGCAACAAAAGACGUGGAACUUUGCUCAGAACGAGGCGAUAGUGAACAGGGCCACGGGCCGCUGUCUGGAGGUGGUGCCGGCCAACGUGCUGUUCGGCUCCAUGCUGGUGCUGAGGUCCUGCACCGGCCAGAGAUGGACCAUCAAGAACACAAUGCAGCAGUGAUCCAACGAGCAGCCAACCUACUCCUCGCCAGGAAGCUCUGGAUAAGAGAGGGGGGACAAGUGUGGAUAAGCUUGUUUGUCCACAAGCGCCGCUUUCAAGAAGAAAUGGUCGUUAUCUGUCGAUGCAGCUCGAUAAAAGUACCAAAAAAGAAACGACUAGGAAAAAAAAAAAAAAGAACGG